UCUCCCUCCCUCUCUCUCUCUCUCUCUCUCUCUCUACACCAACACUAUACAUACACACUUCGGUUUCUUCUCUUCAAGUCUUCUACACCCCAUAUCUCUCUUCAACCCAGAUGGAAACAGUUCACUUGGAUCUUAACCAAAACCUUGCUGAAGAAACAUCUCCCAUGCAGUUGCUUCCCUCAGGUUCUCCUGAUGUAAGUGAUAUAUUUGGCGAUCCACAAAUAAGUCCGAGAGUUGGCGACAAAUACCAGGUGGAAAUUCCUCCCAUGAUAACAGGAUCUGAGCAUCUUCGGCUUUUGAUGGACCCUGUUGACUCAGAAGGCAGUCCUUAUCUUGCCCAUUCCUUUCUGUUAGGCUUACCUGUCCCUGUCAUGUGGACUCAUGAACAAGAUAUUGAUUUUGAGGUUGAAGGCCAGGGAGGUCUAAGUAAGCCUGAUGAUGGAACUAAAGUUGAUGAGUCUGUCAAAUUUAAAAAGUGCAGAAAGGCCCAGAGUUCUAAGAGGAAGAAAAAUUCGGAACUCAGUGCUGAACAGUCAGAUGCUAGGUUGGUUGAUGAAAAAGAAUCAAAUGCAGAAAACCUUGAAUGUGGAAUGGCAUGCAAGGCUAACUUAUUUCGACCAUGUGAAGGUAAAAGCUCUCAUCUAAUUCCUGGUUCAUCAGGUGAUUCCUGGAGUAAAACAGAAGUGGAUGGUUUUCUUCUUGGUUUGUAUGUAUUUGGGAAGGAUUUUGGGCAGAUAAAAAGAUUCAUUGGAAACAAGGAAAUGGGAGAUAUAUUGUCAUUUUACUAUGGGGCAUUUUAUAGGUCUGACAAAUACCGCAGAUGGUCAGAUGGCCAAAAGAGAAGAGGUCGAAAAAAUAUAUAUGGACGGAAAAUCUUUACUGGAUGGAGGCAACAGGAAUUGUUAUCUCGUUUGCUUACUUGUGUCCCAGAUGAAUCAAAAAAUAAUUUGCUGGAGGUCUCGAAGUCAUUUGUGGAGGGGAGAACUUCACUUGAAAAUUAUGUCUGCUAUUUGAAGACUACUGUUGGCAUAUGUGCUCUGGUAGAAGCUGUAGGUAUCGGUAAUGGGAAGGCAGAUCUUACAGGCCUGGCCAUGGAGCCUCCAAAGACCACUCAAGUUUCCCCUGAAAUGCCAUCUGGGAAGGCUUGCUCAUCUCUUACAUCUGGUGACAUCAUCAGAUUUUUAACUGGAGGCUUUCGAUUGAGCAAAGCUCGAUGUAAUGAUAUUUUUUGGGAAGCUGUUUGGCCACGUCUGCUUGCAAGAGGGUGGCACUCUGAGCAACCUAAGAAUCAAUGCUCUGUCAGUUCCAAACAUUACCUAGUUUUUCUUAUGCCUGGAGUAAAGAAGUUCUCAAGAAGAAAACUUGUUAAAGGAAACCACUACUUUGAUUCUGUUAGUGAUGUUUUAAGCAAAGUUGCAUCCGAACCAAAGCUUCUUGAGCUUGAUGCUGAAGGAAAUGGCAUCAGCAGCUGCAAUGAAGAAAAUGGGUGGGUUCCAGGAGAGUCAUCGGAUCAGGAUGAUCCUCCUGAUCAUAAGCCUUGUUAUCUCAAGCCCCGAGUCUCUAUUUUAAGUUCAAACCAUAUGAAGUUCACAGUUGUUGAUUCCAGUUUGGUCCAUGGAGGAAAAGCAUCCAGGAUGAGAGAGCUGAGAUAUGCACCAAUUGAUUUGAGGUAUACUUCCAAACCAAUGCAGAAGGAUACUCAAGAUUCAGGGAAGGUAAAUGCUAAUCAUAUGCUGUCAAAAGGUGAAAAGUGUGUUACUAAUGCUCACCAUUGUGAGGGCAUAAUUGCUAGCUCUACUGCACGCCACAUUAAAUUUACUAUUGUGGAUACCAGUCUGCUCCAUGGAGGAAAAGCAUCCAGUGUGAGAGAACUCAGAUAUUUACCGGUUAAGUUUGAAAUUUCUUCUGAAAUUAAUAAUUCUUCAGGAGGAAGUGAAGAUAAUUCAAGUGAUGAUUCUUCAUAUGACCAUAAGCCAAAAAUUGCUGACAGGCUAUCAAGUUAUGGUUCAGUUGCUGCCACUGAUACAAAACCUAGUAGUGAGCCAGUUAAUGCUGAUAAUUUGUUGAAAGGUGAUAGGAACCAUAGUGAGGGUAAAUACGAUAAUGAAAGUUCAAGCCAAAAUCCAAAGAACUCAUGGACUGCAGAUCAGGGGUUGUUGAUUCACCAGGAUGAGAAGACCAAUAUAUCAGAUGAUACCAGGUCAAAGAGGAUAAUAAAGCACCAUUUCAGUCGAAGAGCUAAAUUUAGUCAUUCUGUUAAUGUAGUUCCCCUGACAAAACGAAGGAAAUUAACUGGUCAUACUAAUACAGCGACAAGUCCCCUUGCCGAGAAUUUCUCUGCUCUGUCGAGUAAUUUAGCUUCUCCAAUGAAACGACAAAGAUUAAAUGCUUGUGCUAAGACAGAGACAAGUCACCUCACUGAGAAUAUCUCUAGUAAUCCAAUUAAUUUAGUUUCUCCUAUGAAGAGACGGAGAUUAAAUGCUUGUGCUGAUACAGAGCAAAGCCACCUCACUGAGAAGAUUUCCGCUGAUAUUAGUGAACAAGCAGGGCUAUGCUGUGCCUUACAAUCUCAAGAUGAAGGCAGCAAUGAUGUCCUCCAUGUGAGUCAUUUUCUAGAGAAAGUAUCACCUAUUAGUUCUUCAGCUGAUGGAAAUCCAGAAUCCGUGGAGACUCCUCAUGGGAGUAGUGAGAAGCUUCAAUCCCAAUUAGCAAUUGGUUCAAACCCACCCCUGGUUCCACUGGAUUCUCAGAAUGGUGAACCAGAAACGGCAGAAGCUGAUGGCAGCCAGUUCAUCAUUGUGAAUACUUUUGCUGAUUUGUUGGAAACUACUACUAAUGUUUGUGGUGAAGAGCAGCAACCUAUCAUGAACCCCCGGAGGCAAAGCAGAAGAAGCAGACCAUUGACUACAAGGGUGUUGGAAGCUCUUGAGAGUGGGUUCUUCAACAUGAAGAGGACACAAAAAGUUAAACAUGUGCAAGCACAAGCAAUCCAAUUCGCAAGUCCUUCCCGAAAGGCACGCAGUAGAGUCAAAACAACAUCAAAGCAUGGUAGUGCAGGCGGUGAAACAGUGGAUAAAAAGGAAGGAAAAGGCAUGGAUGGCGAAUUUAUCCAUUCCAAAGAUAUUAUCAGCAAACCUCCUGAAGUGGCUCACUAGCUAUUUGCAAUCUUCUGGGUUGGCCAACAUCCUGAAGUCCUUAUCCAGAACAGCUGAUGUAUUCAGGUGCUGAUAUUUUGCCUGGACUACUGCCUGAUAGAUGCCUCAAACAUCUGUGAUAGAGCGGAAUUUGCUUCCAUCUUUUUCUUUGCCUAUAUCGUAGAUCAGCAAUCUCCAAAUUAUAGCAGGGGUUGAACCGUGAUCCAUUUGCCUUUAUUCUUUUAUUUGUCACCCCUUCAGAAAAAUGAAACAUCAGUAUUUGGUUUUGUUACAA